AUGUCAGAACAGACUAACACACCAACGGAAGAAAAGGUCAUUAAGACUUUGGAAGAAGACGACGAAUUUGAAGACUUCCCAGAAGACGACAAGUGGACUGGUGAACCCAAUUCCCAUAUCAACCCUUCCAACUUGUGGGAAGAGGACUGGGACGAUGACGACAAUCAGGACGAAUUCUCUAAGAGAUUAAGAGACGAGCUCAGAGCCUCGCAGAAGACAAAUUAG